AUCAGGACAGGUGACUGUCACUUCUACUGGUGACUAACUAACACAUGGCCGCAUCAUCGGGUACUGGGACGGGCGUCUCGAGCAUGGCGCUCCCUUCGUGGGUGCCACAACUGGUCUUGACCUUGGCAUUGCUCGCUCGGCCAUCCGCAUCUACUACAGAAACACCAGCUCACAACGGUCAAGUCUGCAGCACAUGGGGGAACUACCACUUCAAGACGUUUGAUGGAGAUUUCUUCCAGCUGCCCUUCACCUGCAGCUAUCGGCUGCUGUACCUGUGUGACGACGUGGAGGACCUCAGCAUCCAGUUCAGGAGGCGAGCAGGGGAGGACGGCCAGCCCGCCAUCACGGCUCUCACGCUGCGGCUGGAGGGACUCGUGGUGCAGUUCACCAACGACACAGUCUUGGUAGACAGCGAGGAAGUAACGCUGCCUUUCUAUGCCUACGGACUGCACAUCGCCAAAACUGCAUCCCACCUGAAGAUCUUGUCCAAGAUUGACGUUGCCAUAACCUGGAAGAGUGAUGACUCUCUCUCGGUGGAGCUGUCCACUGCUUACAAAUCUAAAACAUGUGGGCUUUGCGGAAACUUCAACGGAGUACAAGAUGAAUUCAUUCAAGACGGAGAGGAGGUGACAGUAGAUAAUUACGGUCACAACCAGAAGGCAGAUGGCCCUACUGAGAGCUGCGAGGAGAUCGACGUCAGGCCAAAAGAGGAGUGCCCUGAUGCUCAUCGUGUGUGUAGCGAGUGGCUUCAGAGCGCCGCCUUCAACAGCUGCGUGUCCCUGGUGCCUGUGGAGCGCUUCGUGGAGGCCUGCGCCAAGGACAUGUGCCAGUGCAGCAACAGCAGCGUGGAGGCCUGCAUGUGUGACACCGUGGCCGAGUUCUCACGGCAGUGCGGCCACGCAGGGGGCAGGCCCGAGGACUGGCGGAGCGACGACUUCUGCAGCGCCAGUUGCCCGUUGAGCAUGGAGCAUCGUGAGUGUGGUAACCCCUGCACUGACACCUGCUCCCACCAGCAGAGAAGCAGCUUCUGUGAGGAGCACUGCACAGACGGCUGCUUCUGUCCCGCCGGAACGGUGUUUGAUGACGUCACCAAGUCUGGCUGUGUCAAGCAAGAGGAGUGCCCCUGCUAUGUAGGAGGCCAAGUCUACCAACCUGGAGAGUCAUUCUCACACAGCUGUCGCGAGUGCACCUGUGAAGCUGGGUACUGGAGCUGCAGUAAGCUUGACUGCCCGGGGACAUGCGAACUAACAGGAGGAUCCCACUUCAACACCUUCGAUGGGAAGACGUAUACCUUUCAUGGAGAGUGCACCUACAUGCUCACAAAGCUGGAGAAUGUCACGGUGGAGGUGGAGGUGAAGUCGUGUGAAGCAAGCCCUACAGUGUCCUGUUUGAAGUCUGUCAUCCUGCAUGUACCUGGUACAAAAAUUGCUGUAAAAUCAACAGAGGAUGUGACAGCCAAUGGGCUGAAAACCACACUGCCAAUGAAAAACAGCUAUGUUUCCGUCUUCAAGCCCUCCACGUUCUACAUCAUUGCCCACACCUACGUUGGGCUUCAGGUUGAGAUCCAGCUACAGCCUAUCAUGCAAGUCAACGUCAUCGCUAGCCCAGAUAUCAAAGCCAAAACCAGCGGUCUUUGUGGGAACUUCAACGAUGUCCUAAAGGACGACUUCAGGGCCAAAAGUGGGUUGAUUGAGGGCAGCACGGAGGCAUUUGCAAACUCCUGGAGGACCCAGAUCUGCACUGAUGUCAAGCAAACCAUUGACAACCCUUGUAGCAUGAAUGUGGACAGAGAAAAAUAUGCCAAAGAGUAUUGUUCCUUGCUCACGGCUCCCAAAGGAAUUUUCUCCGUAUGUCACUCUGAAAUCAACCCAGAAACCUACUACCAGAAUUGCAUGUAUGACACCUGUAACUGCCAGAGCAGUGAGGACUGCAUGUGUGCGGCUCUGUCCUCCUAUGUUCACGCCUGUGCUGCCAGGGGCAUCCACUUCCCUGACUGGAGGAAAACCACCUGCGGCAAGUACGCUUCCAGCUGCCCCGCCACCAUGGUCUACUCCUACAACGUUAGCUGCGGCCAGACGUGCUUGGCCCUCAGUAACUCUGAGCCCAGCUGCCAGGUCAAGUUCGGCCCAGUGGACGGCUGCGUGUGUCCCGAGGGCACCUACCUGAACGACAAGAGCCAAUGUGUGCCAGCCGGCCAGUGCCACUGCAUCCGCAAUGGCGAAGUCAUGCGGUCCACCGAGAAGUUCACUCAGAAGGACGGGACAUCUUGCACCUGCCGCUAUGGAGUUCUGCAUUGUUCCGGACUUUCACGUGCAGAGUCUUGCAGUGGCAGUAUGAUUUAUGUGAACUGCACCAACUCAAUACUUCCACAGAAAGGUGUAGAGUGUCAGAAAAGUUGUUUCUCAGGGGAGCCAGACUGUACGACUGCGCCAUGCAAAUCAGGAUGUGUGUGUCCUUAUGAUAAAUAUUCGGAUGAGAACGGGAAGUGCCUAGAUGAGGAGGACUGUCCUUGCAAGCACAACGGCGCCCUCUAUGAGCCAGGGGCAGUCAUACAGCAGGACUGCAACAAGUGCACUUGCAGAAACAGAAAGUGGGUAUGCAGUGAACGAGAAUGCCACGGAACGUGUGUGAUCUAUGGCGAUGGACAUUACAUCACUUUUGACGAGAAAAAUUUCGUCUUUGACGGCGAAUGUAAUUAUGUGCUCGCAGAGACAACGGACAGCACCGAAAAAGAUAUGUUCCGUAUCGUCACAGAAAACGUCAAGUGUGGAACAACAGGCACCACCUGCUCUAAAGAAGUGAAAAUCUUUUUUGGGGGCAAUGAGAUUAAACUGUCGAACGAUGCUGCCGAACUUGUGAAGAAAAGCAGCAACCCUGAGCAACACAAGAUCCACAAAAUUGGGAUAUACCUGGUGGUCAUCACACGGCAGUUCAUUCUGCUCUGGGACAAAAAAACAACGGUCAUGAUCAAAAUGAGGCCAGAGCUAAAGGUAAGCGAGUUGGAUACGUGUUGAAGAAUGUGAUCUUGACUUUUUCUGCAUAGCGAUGGACCAAACUUUUGUGCUGUGUGCCCCUGUUGGCUUGGCCUUGAGGACAUUUGUUUGGGGGCGCAGUCUUUUCAACUUUAUCUGAGCUCAUAUUUGAUACCCACCCGAUGGCAACUCUAACUCUCCUGAGCACCGCAUAUACGCACAUGUAGAAGGAAGCUCCUCUGUCCCCAG